UUGAGCAACCAGGCGUCACUCAGCCCGCCUCAAGUCCACUGAUGAUCCAUCUAUUUUUAGAUUUGCUGGGAGCCGGCAGAGACAGAACUGCCAAGACGACGAUGGUGGCCAGUUUUGUGGGUGACGUCACGGAUACAACAUCCAUGUUUACACGGUCUAUGAUUUACACAACGCCACCUAACUUCUGAUGUUUGACUGUAAGAAUCAUUGGGCUGUGGUCGUCUAGUAGUUGGAGGAUCACUGGUCCAAUAGUUAGAGUACUGAGCAAGAUGCUGGACUCCAAAUUGUAUAAAAGAACCUUCAUAGAUUUAGAAACUUUCUACAUAUACAAACAUAAUGAUGCUGAUGGAGCCUUGUACCUGUUUCUCAUGGCUGAAACUGUUUUUUUCCGACUGAAAGGUGCCUCCUCUGCAUCUUCCACCAUCCAGACAACAAUAGCCCUGAUUGUUCAGUGUUUUUAAAGCUGUACUGUAUAUCUAAUUAAGUGUUGGUUUUGCUGGGCCUUUUGUUCCAUUGUAGGUUUUACCCAGAAAGUUUCAGAGCAGCCAACAAAAGCUGCCCUACAUACACGGCGGUGACUGAAUGGGAAGACCAUAAAUUGUGUUGAAAAUCACUGGUAUGCAUGAGAAGUGGCAUUCCCUGGAGCGUAAAUAUCCGUGUCGCUGAGAAAAAGAGGAUAUAAAUCUCUCAUGGUGACAGGGAAAAUGUCUCUGAGACUCUGGCGCACUGUCACAUGAUGAUUUUUCUGCAGCAGCACGGCUUAAAAUGUGUGUAAAUAACCGAACCAGGAAACUCGAGUGGGAAGACAAAACGACAGAUUAAAUUUGCCGGUGGACUAUGAAGAUGGGGAUCUUCUCCCUGUGACAGACAUACGAUUAGGAAACUGUUUGCCUCACAUAACAAAGAUCCACUGACCCGUUAAAUGAGGGCAGAGGGAUGCGGGGGGCUUGGAGAGGGGAUGUGGAUGUGGGGAUGAAGUAGGCAAUUAUGUUUAAGAGCUCGCUGCGCAGCACAAUGAGUUCAUAACUGAUGGGGAAUAGAUUGAAGACGGGGUGCAGGUCCUUACAGAUACAACAAUAGGACAGAUAAGAACUUUUCUGUCACAGGAAUCUAAAAUCUGCGGCGGCCAGUCGGACGAAAACUUUGAGUUUAAUUAAGGGAAAAAUGCCGGAGGAGGAAAAAAGAGAGAAAUUAGCCAAAGUCAUCAGACAGUGGAACGACAACAGACUGGACUUGUUUGAAAUAAGCCAACCUGAUGAGAGCUUGGAGUUUCACGGUGUGAUGCGUUUCUACUUUGAGGAUCAUGUCGGAGGAAACGUGGCCACAAAGUGUCUGCGAGUUUCCAGCAACUUUUCAACUCACAAAGUUAUCGAAACUCUGUCGGAGAAAUUCAGGCCCGAUAUGAAAAUGCUGACCACCAGUUAUUCCCUGUAUGAGAUCCACGGCAAUAAAGAGCGUAAACUGGACCUGGACGAGAGGCCUCUGGUUGUACAAUUAAACUGGACCACAGACAACAGAGAGGGACGCUUUGUGCUCAAGAAGGACAAGGAGAGCGUGGAGGAAAACUGUCCGGAGAAGGAAAGAGGAGGAGGAGGAGGCAUGAUCCAAAACUUCAAGAGGACGCUGUCGAGGAAAGAGAAGAAGAAGGAGAAGAAUAGGACUAAAGCGGCUGAGGUUUCGGAGGAUGAGAAUGGGUCAACUGAAAAGCCACUGAACAGCAGCAGCAGCAUCUGUGGGACAAAAAGGCAGCAGAGGGAGGCUGCCUCGGGAGGAAAGCACACAGGACGUCUUGAUCAAGACUUUUCUGAUCGUCCUGGAUUACCAGCUCAAAUAAAAUUCAGUGCUAACUCUGAGGAAGCUUUCCUGUCUGCAGUCAUAAAUUACACCAACAGCUCCACAGUUCAUUUCAAGCUCUCACCUGCGUACAUCCUGUAUGCUGCGGGGCGCUACACGCUGCAACGCCAUUACAGGCGAGCCUCUCCACCCUCGGGGCACACGCACGGUGCCACCUCCAUCGCAAACAAAAUGGUGGCCAUGACAGGGAAGGUCAUACAGAGGCAGCAGGCCAUCGCCGGCGCUCUCGCCUUCUGGAUGGCCAACUCCUCCGAGCUGCUGAACUUCCUCAAGCAUGACGAAGACCUCGGCUCGCUCACGGGGCAAAGUCAGCUGGAUCUGUCCCACCUGGUGCACAAAGCUUACAGUUGCCUGCUGCAGUGUCUACAGAACGAGUUACGAAAGCACUUGCCAACUUUUCUGGUCGAUCCUGAGCAACACGGCCCCCUGCCGGCUGGUAUAGAGAUGGUGCUGAACACCUUGAUGAACACCAUGUCUCUUUUACGCCGCUGCCGGGUCAACCCGGCCCUCACCAUCCAGCUCUUCUCCCAGCUCUUCCACUUCAUCAGCGCUUGGCUCUUCAACCGGCUGAUGAUCCCAGAGGCCGACGCUCCGGGCCUUCGCUCCCACUACUGGGGAGCCGCCCUACGCCAGAGGCUCAUGGCCAUCGAAGCCUGGGCGGAGAGGCAGGGGCUGGAGCUGGCUGCUGACUGCCACCUCGGACGCAUUAUCCAGGCAACCAUGCUCCUGACCAUGAAUAAGUACUCGAUGAAAGACGCGAAGGACAUCCAGAAUACCUGUUUCAAGUUGAACUCACUGCAGCUGCACACGUUGCUGGCUGGAUACCUCUAUGCCACCAACGAGCCUCACAUCCCCCCUGAUUUGAUCGAUGCCGUAGUGACGGCUGCACGGGCCUCUGCGGAUAACCUGAUUCGGAGCGAAGGACGGGACAUCCAGCUGGAGGAGAGCCUCGACCUUCACCUGCCCUUCCUGCUGCCGGAGGGAGGAUACUCCUGUGACACCGUGAGAGGAAUCCCUCCAGGGUUUAGGGAAUUUUUGGAGCCAAUAUGCCGGAAAGGUCUCUGCUCUUUGACAGCACAGACAAACUCCAGAGGUGACUGGACCGCGUACUUCAGUGAGACAACUUCCUCUGCAGAGAGCUCACACUUGGCAGCUCACAGAGAGCCAGAGGUUGUGACUAUCGCCCUGAACAAGCCUCUGAAUAGUGGGAUGGGGGUCAGCAUCGUGGCUGCCAAGGGAGCAGGACAAGGUAACCUUGGCAUUUAUAUCAAAUCUAUAGUCAAGGGAGGACCGGCUGAAAUGAACGGGAGGUUAACAGCCGGGGAUCAGCUGCUGAGCGUGGACGGUCGAAGCCUGGUCGGCCUCAGCCAAGAAAGGGCAGCAGCGAUCAUGAUGCAAACCGGCCCCGUCGUGACCUUGCGGGUCGCAAAGUGUGGAGCGAGUUACCACGGCCUGGGAGCUCUGCUGAGUGAGUCAACCUCACAGAGGACUGCAGGUAGAGCGCUCGUGGAUCCUGGCACCUCCGAGACGCUCCAUGGAAGCAGCAGGAGAAAGAAAGAGCAGAUGAUGCAGAGAAACAGACAACUGUACCGCUCCAACCCCAACGUGACCGCAGAUUUUGCCCCCGAGGACGGAGACGAACCCGUCGACCCUGCAGCGAGAGGGAACAACAUGGCUGCUGUCUCCAGUAGCGACCUUUGUGCUGAUACAUUUCACAGGGAAUACUUGACGCUGCCGACGCCUAAAUCCCAGGACAAGAACUUGUCUGAAUCCGGUCGACCACAGCAAACUGUCAAAAUGUCUUUGAGGCCUUUAGACGGACAGAGCUCCAGUAAGACGACCUUAAUGCGCCAGGCUCUGUCACAGGAGAACCUGUGCAUGGAGAGUCGAGGCCCCCUGCUGGACAAGAGGCAGAGUCUGUGGGAGCAGAAGGACCAGCAUGCAAAGCAAACCACGAGCCACUAUUCAUCUUUCCCAAUCCGCUCGAGUGUUUCCAGUCAUGACAUCCUCUCAGAUCAGAGGCGACAGCAGGCCGGUCGUACGAGCGGCGCCGGCGUCUGGAGAACUCCUUUCUCACAACAUCCAACGCCGACGCCUUCGAACCAGCCGAUACGCAUAGACAUCCCUGUGAGCAGAGCAGUGAACGCACACGUUAACCCUCCACUCACCACCUUCCAGAGCUCAGCUUUGCUGGCGACGAAGGCGAGCCAAACUUUUAAAGUGAAUGGAAAUAAACAGAGUCCUCAAAGCCAAGCGCAUCAUAUUUAUGCGUGCCCCGUUCCUGCAACCAAGAAGCUACCUCAGCCCUCGCUUCUAUCACAGCAGCCGAGAUCCAACACUGCAAAACCUCAAGUCAGCAUCUCUCCAACCAAGCACGUCUCCUUCCAAGAACCCCCGACUCAGCACAGGCAGGGCUCAAAGCAAAAACACCCUCAGGAGCUGCUGCUGUGCGAUCCGUGGAGGAGGGAGGCCCAGGAGAAGCUGGAGAAGCAGCACAGGCUCCACGUGGUGGAGCUCCUGGAGCAGGAGGUGCAGGAGCUCCAGGCUAAAGGCAAGCGCACGGUGGAGGAGAGCGAGCGGCUCCGAAGGCUCAGUCUGGAGUGGCAGUUUCAGAAGAGGGUGCAGGAGAUUCAGCAGAGAGGGGAGGAUGAUGAAGAAGAGGAGGAAGAACUGGACAUGAUGCUGACGAUACAGCAGCUGGAGGAAAGAUCGCAGAGCCGGAGAAGCUCUGCUGAGCUGGAGAAGCAGGCAGGAAGGAAGGAAAACAAGGCGCAGACAGAUGAAAGAGCAAGCGGACAGAGUCGAGACAUUAACGACACGGCUUCGAUGGAGUGAGUU